AUGGCUCUGUAUCCAGGGGCUAACCUGGUCCUCCCUGAGGACCCAAAGAUGACCCCAAGUCUCAACCUCUGUGGGUCCCCAGGUGUAGGCCCUGGUACCAUCCCUGGGCCCAACCCAGACAUGGGUGUUGUUCCUGUGUUGAACCCACCCCUAAGACCAGGCUUAGCUCCCGUGCCAGAUCUUAACACAGCUCUGAACCCUGCCUCAGGGACCAAUAAUAACACCCCCAGGCCUGAUGACAGCAGGGCCAUGGCUCCUGACUCUGACCAGGUCACCAGUUCUUGCUCUGGUGAAGCCCUGGACCUGGAUUCGAGUCACAUCUUGGGGGCUGACUCACAGGGGGCUCUCUGUCCAGCCUCAAAUCCCACUCUGAGCCCUGGAUCCACUGAGGCCACCACUCAGAGCUCAGAGAACCACCCUGGGUCAAAUUCUGAAGAGACUUCCAAGUACCUCUCAAGCAAAACUUUAGAUUUGGGUCAGAGCAACUCCAAUCCUUCCCGGCCUGAAUUAAACCCCUUUUUAAGGCACCAUUCAAGAGAAUCCCUGGUGAUGGACCACUGUAUCUCCAGGCCAGGCUCCAAAGCACUCCUUAUUCCAGCCUCGGACACUUCUCUGGAUCCUGACUCCAAUCAGCUGCUCAGUGUGGGCUCUAGAGACCUCUCCAACCUGAACCUGAGUGUAGCUCCAGAUUCUGGGACCCUAAUUCUGGAUGCAAACAAGACCACCACGCUGGCUUCUCAUAACAUCUGUGGGUCAAUUUCAAAAGGAGCCUUUGGUGCAGCCUGGAGCACAAGUUCCAAGGGGACCAUCAAUGUGGCUUCAAAUGGAUAUCCCAGAUCUGAUUUGAACAUGACGGUUACUCAGGCCUCGUGUGUGACCCUGAUGCCUGGCUCCAGCGAAGGCAUCAGCCUGCACUCCAGCACCCAUGAACCCAACUCCCCCGUCACCCCCGCCUCGUGCAUGACCCUGCUUCUGGGCUCCAAUGAGACUCUGAGCCUGGGCUCCAGCCUCAUGUUCAGUGAUACCUCCACCUUAACACUGAGCAGCCAGCAGGACUAUUCUGAGGACACCAGCAUCCGUACUGUGCCCCUGGAGGAGAACCUAGAGACCUGGAGUGAGAUGGCCAGUGUCAAGAUGAGCCAGUUCCCACUGGGGCUCCCCACCUGCAAUGCCACCAGCAAGGACAUGACCUUCCAAGACAUCCCUGAGGGAGCCUUCAGUGAAAUGGUGAACGUGCCAGAGAAGAGAGAGGAUGGCAACAAAAUGGCUCUGGUGGAGAAUGUCAUGGACCUCCAGACGAACGAGAAUCAGCUGGAAGUGGAAGGAGAAAAGAAGACCAUGAUGAAGAAGAUGAUGAGGCAGAUCCAGGAAGAGCCGCUGGAUUCCCUUUCAAGCUCUGUCCGCCGUCAGGCUAUGGAGACCCUGACUCAGCUGAGUCAAACGCAGCCCAUGCUGGGCACGCGGGAGAGGUCGGAGCUGGUGAGCACAUGCGUGCGGAGUGUGUUCUCACUGCCCUCAGUGCAGGCCAUGCAGGAGAAAGACGAGGCCAAGGCUGAGGCCGUCCAGACACUUUACCAUCAGACCCUGGAUGCCCUGCAGACACUGCUCAAGGCCCUCUUUAUUGAGGACCCCACCCCCGCUGGGCUGAAGAGCAUUUUGGAGCCUCUGGGGCCCUGGAUGAACUCUGGGAAGGCCCAUGAGCGCGCACGGGCUGUGAACAGCAAUGUGUCUGUGUUGAACCACACGCUUCUGACUCUGCCUUUCUUUAUGUCCUCGGGGUUCCCGGCACUGGGGCUUCUGCUGGGGAGGCUCAUCCUUCGCAUCGGGGAUCCUGAUGAGGAGAUUGGCCGGGAGGCUCUGGACGGCAUCAUCAUCCUCUACACUAUCCUGGAGCUCCAAAAACGAGCCAGAGAUAAGGAAGAGACAAACAAGAAGGAGCUGUAUGAGAGCAACAAGCGCUUCCUGGGGCCCUACAACCCCGUCAGCCCCUGCCAGAACAUCCUGCGCGUGAUCGCGGAGUUUGGAGACUUCCUGGGACCCCAGCAGGUGAAGGACCUGCUGCUGGCAGCCCUGGAAGGGCUGAAAGGCGGCUCAGAGGCUCUGGGCAAGGACUCCGGGGAGAUGAUGCAGCUGGCCUCCGAGGUCACGCUCAGCUCGGUGCUGGAGUGGUACCGCCACAGGGCGCUGGAGGUGAUCCCAGAAAUCAUGCAGGGCAUCUACAUACAGCUGAGCCAGAUCCAGGAACCACGGGCCCGGGAGGUGGCCCUGCUGCCCGUCUCACUCCUGGCCAGCUCCUUCAUGACGGAGGUCGUGGUGGCCCUGCUCAUGUGCCCCCUCCCGCUAGACAGCAACGGAGCAGAGAUGUGGAGGCAGCUGAUACUGCGCAAACCCAGCUGUGAUGUCCGAGACCUCCUGGAUCUGCUCCUGACUAGCCUGAAGGAGAAGCCUGUCACCAAGAAAGGCCGGGCCUCCAUUGUGCCCCUAGCGGCAGCCAGCGGCCUGUGCGAGCUCCUGUCCGUCAACAGCUGUGUGGGCCGUGUGAGGCGCAUUUACCCGCAGCUGCUCCUGGCCCUGCUUAUCCAGGUCCAUUACCACAUCGGCCUCAACCUGCCUGGCCGUGUGGCUCCUCGCAAGGACGCCAAGAAGGACGCCCAGCCCCCUGCCUUCGUACCUGUGCGCUGGGUGGUAAAAGUGGUGAAAACUCUACUGCUGAAGAUGGGCUGCUCUUACGAGGCCACCUUUCUGGAGGACCGGGAUGGCUGGGAGCUCAUGGGGCAGGCGGAGAACCACCACCGUGGAGUGUCCCUGCUGGCAAGGGCCAUGGUGCACUACUCCUGCCAGGAGCUGUGCCGUGUCCUCUACCUGCUCAUCCCACUCCUGGAGCGCGGCGACGAGAAGCACAAGAUCACUGCCACCGCCUUCUUUGUGGAGCUCCUCCAGAUGGAGCAGGUGCGCCGCAUCCCCGAGGAGUACUCUCUGGGGCGCAUGGCUGAAGGCCUGAACCACCGCGACCCCAUCAUGAAGGUGUUGUCCAUCCGGGGCCUGGGCAUCCUGGCCCACAGGGCUGAGAAGGCUGCCAAGGUGCAGGCCCUCCUGCCGUCCAUGGUGAAAGGGCUGAAGGGCAUGGACGGGAUGCUGGUGGUGGAAGCCGUCCACAACCUCAAGACCAUCUUCAAGGGGCAGGACCGGAAGCUGGUGGACAACUCAGUCUUUGUGGAGAUCCUACAGGUCCUGCUGCCACACUUCAGCGACUCACGAGAGGAUGUACGUUCCUCCUGCAUCAACCUGUAUGGAAAGGUGGUUCAGAAGCUGCGGUUGCCACGCACCCAGGCCGCGGAGGAGCAGCUGAUCAGCACCCUGGUGCCGCUGCUGCUGAUCAUGCGGGAGGGCAAUGCCAAGGUGGGCCAGAAGUGUGUGAAGACCCUGUUCCGCUGUUCUUGCUUCAUGACUUGGGAGCUGCCCAAAAAAACUUACAGCCAGAAGCCUUGGGACAACCAGCAGCAGACGGUGAACAAAAUUUGCAAGUUCCUUGUGAACACCUACAGAGACAAUGCCUUCACAUUCCUCAGCCAGAGCCUGGAGUACGCCAAGAACCCACGGGCCUCCCUCCGGAAGACUGCGGUCAUGUUCAUAGGGUCCCUGGUCCCCUGCAUGGAGAGCAUAAUGACAGAGGAUCGUCUGAAUGAGGUGAAAGCUGCUCUGGAAAACUUGAGACAUGACCCGGAAGCAUCAGUCUGCAUCUAUGCAGCCCAGGCCCAGGACCACAUCCUGGCCAGCUGCUGGCGGAACUCUUGGCCACAGCCGCAUGGGGACCUGUGGGUGUGUGACCCGUCUGCCACGCACCGCUGGAGCCCUAGCUGUGAGCACCUGCCCACUUCCCACCAGCAGCGCUCCUGGAUCAUGCAGGCACUGGGCUCCUGGAAGAUGUCCUUGAAGCAGUGAUGUCCCUCCUCAGGGUGGCUGAGCCCCAGUUCAGUAUAAAUGCCACGUGGC